AUGGAGUUAGACGACGUUGAAGCCGUAGCCGUAGCUUACGCUUUAUAUAAACGCCAUCAAAAAGCAAAAAAGCAGAAAAGCUACAAUAGGCGCCAUUGGGUGCAUCCAAUUAACCUGAAGAGGCCUCAAGAAGGACAAUUUCAAGUCAAUUUUAUGUCAUUGAGAGCUCAUCCAGAAGAAUUUACUAAGUACUACAGGAUGUCUAUCACAACAUUCGAUGAAUUAAUUUCAUUUGUUAGGCCUUAUCUUACAAGACAAGUUACUAAUAUGCGUAGUCCAAUAUCAGAAGAAGAACGAUUAGCCAUAACUUUGAGGUAA